AUGCGCAGGAGAAGCCGAGUCGUGUUGCAGAAGAAGCUGAGAAGGCUGGUCUCCAAAUCAACACCGGGAAGACGGAGCAUUGUUUCAUUCUUUCUCUCUUUUGUCUCUUUUUGCGGCGACUUUCUUUUCAGGUUUAUUUUUUUAUGUUUCAACUCUCUCACUCUUCUUCAUUCUUUUUCCUUCAAUUUUUCCGAAAAUUUCUUUCUUUGUUUCUUUGAAUUUAUAAUUUUUUUAUAUUCUUUCUUUCUUUUCUUUCUUUCUUUCUUUCUUUCUUUCUUUCUUUCUUUCUUUCUUUCUUUCUUUCUUGUCAUGUUACUUCUUUUUUAUGCUUAUGUUUCUUUUUUCUCUUUUUUUCUUUUCCUCCGUUUUUACUCACAAAUACUUUUUUCUUUCUUUCUCGUCACGUUUCUUCUUUUUUAUGUUUAUGUUCUGUUUCUUUUUUCUCUUUUUUUCUUUUUCUCCGUUUUUACUCACAAAUUCUUUCUUUCUUUCUUUCUUUCUUUCUUUCUGUCUUUCUCGUCUGUUUCUUCUUUUUAUGAUUAUGUUCUGUUUCUUUUUUCUCUUUUUCUUUUCCUCCGUUUUUACUCACAUAUUCUUUCUUUCUUUCUUUCUUUUUUCUUUCAUUCUUUCUUUCUUUCUUUUUUUCUCGUCUGUUUCUUCUUUUUUAUGUUUAUGUUCUUUUUCCUUUCUUCUCUUUUUCUUUUCCUUCGUUUUUAA